GUCGCGAGUUACUAAGUAAACGCGUACAUCGCAGAGGAGGAGGAGGCGCGGAGGAGGCGGAGGAGAAGGCGGGUAUGUCGCAGACGGUACUCCGGGGAUUCCCGGGCCUGCCGUGCGAGGUGCGGCUCGAGUUCCAGCUGCCGCUGCCGCGCAACUUGGCGUGCACACUGUGUCGCGCUGUGUGCCCGGUCAUCUACCGAGCCGGCUGCUGCCACGCCUUCUGCGAGCGAUGCAAGCAGGAGCUCAUGCGCUCCAGGCCCGUGCUCCUGUGCCCCGUCGAUGGUAACGAGACCUGGACCGAGAAGAUUGUUCCAGAUGACACUGUGUGGAAUUCGCUGAAAGACUUCACGGUGCUGUGCUCGCAGAGCAUCCAUGGCUGCAGGUUCAGUGAUACGGUUGCUGCAUUCAAGAACCACAUUCGUGACUGCCCCUACAUGAAGAAGCGGUGCCCCCUGUGCGAGGAGGACGUGUUGUCCAAGGACCUGUUCAGCCACCUGGGCAGUGUGUGUGCCAAGAGGCCACUCGCAUGUGAUCACUGUGGCCUCAACUUCCACAAAGAGCUGCUCAAUGACCACAAGGAACACUGUCCAGAAAAGCUCGUAAUUUGCGAGUACUGUGGUGCCGAUGGCUUGCUGCUGGGAGAGUUGCCACUGCACUACGAGGAAUGCGAGCUGAAGCCUUGGUGUUGCACAAUGAAGGACUAUGGAUGUACAUUCGAGGGUCCCAGGAAAAGUCUGUUGGAGCACCUGACAUUUGAAGAUCAUAUCCAUAUUAUCGUGACCCACUUCAAGGAGCUUUCUGUUGUGAAUAAGGAACAACAAGACGAGAUAGGACAUCUGAACGUGCAGCUUGAUGCACUUACAAAAGCUGUGAAGGAAGGCAACAGGAGGGUGUCCACAACACUUCAAACCAUAAGCAGGGCACUGCAUGCACAGCAGGAAGAAAACCGCAAGCUAAAAGCAAAGCUGGAUGAUCUGUCAAGGAUGAUAGAGCAAAAGACGAUCCACCCUAUACCAAGUUCAAAGAUGGAUGGUACCACGACGACGCACCAUAGGAUACCAGGGGACGGAACCAUUGAAAGGGUCACGUACCCUCGCUUUGUUGAGGCUGGCCUCGUCUCGCGUCCUGUAAGUGCCCGGGGCACCUCCUCUUCGUCGGCAGCAGCCACGGCGGGCAUACCCACCGUAAGCAUGAUGGCGCCGUCGUCUGCCCGGGUGGGCCGCCAACACCAGAGCACCUGACAGACGCCCGGUGGUGGAGCACAGGCCUCACAGGCUGCACAUCAACACCACCUCCACCACCAUCACCACCACGGUGUACACCAGCACCAUCACCAGCACCCGCCGCAGGGUGGUGCGGGACCUUCGGGAGUAUGAGACGCAUAAAAGACGAUGUAGCAACAUAACUAUCUGACCUAGUUGGAAUCGGUUCGCACUCACAAAGUGCAAAAAUGCAAGCGGGUGAACCAUCAGUACACACGGGACAAGGGUUUUCCAUCAACUAGUUUUAUUGCCAGAAAAUGCAGACUUGUAGUUGCAAUUCAAGACCUCACAUGUGGUCUAGAAGAGGCCUGGCAAGUGGUUCAUCCACUGCCUCGUAUGGCAUGGUCCCGCAGUUGUCGAAACAGAUAUAACGCAAGAUUAACCAUCCUCAGAACCAGGGUCAAAUAACGGAGGUCUAAAAUAAUAUAAACUGCAGUAAUUAUAAAGAUCUAAUUGCCACAAUUUAUCAAAAAUCAUUAAAACAACUCGUGAAACGUGCAGUUGAUACCCGCUCAGCGCUGUGGAAGGCACCACCGUCUCCAAAAGGCGCAAUCGCCAAGGAGGGGGCAAACGCCAAGAGAACCACAGGGUUGCCCCUUGGUGCGCAUGACGUAAAUUUAAAGGUAGUGGAAUUGCAAUCAGAUCAGGAUUUAGAGCAACACUAAUACCCAUGCAAGAAGCUAAUUGUUUAUUCAAACAACCGUGCAAAGCGUUUUUCGUACAUUAGCGCACAUAGCAAACACGUGAAAAGAUAUUGCAAUCACAAAAACGCCGGC